AUGCAUCUCCUCUUCCAAUGUCAAUUUGCUGCGGAAACGUGGACCUUCGCUCCUUGGACAGCCUCGUUUGAUUCAUCUACGAGCCCCUCCUUCAAAGAGAAUCUCUCCACUUCGGCGUUGCGAGUCAACCUUCCUCCGGUGGGGAUCACCACAAACCUCUUCCCAUGGAUUGUCUGGUGUCUUUGGAUCUCCAGGAAUCAGCUUUUCUUCGAACAGAAACCCUCAUCGCCCCAAGAAGUUAUGAUUAAGGCUAUCAAAGCCUGUAAGGAAUGGGAGUGUGUCCAACCUUCUCUCCAUAAGGCGCCACAACUGAAGCUCAUCCACCCCCCUCCACCGCGAGCUCCGGCAAACUCCAUCGUCUGUUACACAGACGCUGCUUGGAAAUCGAACCGACAAACAGCGGGUCUUGCAUGGAUCUUCACCGAUCAUAAUGGGACCGAACUCUCCAGAGGAUCUUGCCUUUGCGAAUAUGUAGCAUCUCCUCUCCUCGCAGAAGCCCUAGCUAUCCGGUGCGCUCUCCUCCAAGCUUCUCAUCAUCAACACAACCAAAUCUGGCUCCGAUCAGAUUCUCAAGGGCUCGUUACAGCCAUCAAUUCGAAUCGACGACCGAUGGAACUUUUCGGGAUCCUAGCGGAUGUCGACUCGAUCGUCGCAUCUUCUUUCUCUUUUGUUUCCUUUACUUUCAUCUCCCGUCGUUUCAAUGGGCCAGCCGACUGUUUAGCUAAAGCCUGCUUAUCUGUAAACUCUAUUAUGGGUCAUUAG